UUGAACUUCUCUUCCUCUUCAUCUUUCUCUACCACCGUAAGGUUGGAGGAGGCUCACGCGGCUUGAAAUCGCCAGAGCAACUUCCGACCCACGGAUCGAAGUGACUACGAGCUCAGUUUCUAGAAAUCAGCGUGGGUACUCACUUAGAGUUAGGUGAUUUGCAGCUCCAUUACAUUUUUCAUCAUGCCGAGCCGGAGAAGUGACUCUGCCAUUAAGCUAAUUGCUUACUCUGAGGAACUUGUGGAUGGAAAACCGUUCUAUGCAUUUUCCAAUUGUCUUCCUGUGAAGGCUUUAAACCGUGAACCUGCUGGUCAUGCCUUCCAUUCUGCUGCUCUUAAACUGCAUGGUUGUGCAGAAGAACCCACAGACAAUGAAGAUAGUGAUAAGAAAGUGGGAGAUGAUAAAGAGAAGGAGUAUGUUCCUUCAUUCAACUCGUAUGCCAACAAAGGAAAGAAGAAGUCUGGUACCCAGCAACAAGACCACUAUGCAUUGUUGGGCUUGAGCAAUUUAAGAUAUCUUGCGACAGAAGAUCAGAUAAGGAAAAGCUAUCGUGAAGCUGCGCUGAAGCAUCAUCCUGAUAAACUCGCUACUCUCCUUUUGGCAGAGGAGACAGAAGAAGCCAAGGAGGCAAAAAAAGAUGAGAUAGAAUCUCGCUUCAAAGCCAUUCAAGAAGCAUAUGAGGUAUUGAUGGACCCAACAAGGAGAAGAAUUUUUGACUCCACUGAUGAGUUUGAUGACGAGGUCCCGUCGGAUUGUUUGCCGCAAGACUUUUUCAAGGUGUUUGGUCCAGCAUUUAAGAGAAAUGCUAGGUGGUCAGUGAAUCAGCGUAUUCCAGAUUUGGGAGAUGAAGACACACCACUGAAAGAUGUUGAUAAGUUCUAUAACUUUUGGUACGCUUUCAAGAGUUGGAGGGAAUUUCCUGAUGAAGAGGAGCAUGAUCUUGAACAAGCAGAUUCCCGUGAAGAACGAAGGUGGAUGGAGAAGGAGAAUGCAAAAAAAACUGUGAAGGCUAGAAAGGAGGAGCAUGCUCGAAUCCGGACUCUUGUUGACAAUGCCUAUAGAAAAGAUCCGAGAAUAGUGAAAAGAAAAGAGGAAGAAAAGGCUGAGAAGCAACAGAAAAAAGAAGCAAAGCUUCUGGCCAAGAAGAAGCAAGCAGAGGACGCUGCUAUUGCUGCUGAAGAAGAGAAAAGGCGAAAAGAAGAAGAAGAAAAGCGAGCUGCUGAAUCUGCACAACAACAAAAGAAAAAUAAGGAAAAAGAGAAGAAACUCUUACGCAAAGAACGGAAUCGUCUUAGAACUCUCUCAGCUCCUCUCGUGGCUCAGCAUCUGCUUGACAUUUCAGAGGAAGAUAUAGAGAAUCUAUGCAUGUCACUUAACACCGAGCAAUUGCAGAAUCUAUGUGAUAAAAUGGGAAACAAAGAAGGACUAGAAUUGGCAAAGGUGAUCAAAGAUGGUUGCGAGAGUAGUAGAAAUGACGAAGCUGAAACUAAAGAAAAAGAAAGUAAGAAGACCAAUGGUGGCACAGAGCCUAAAACCCGAGUCUCUCAGUUAGAUAGUAGUACUCAGAAAAAACAACCAUGGAGCAAGGAAGAGAUUGAUAUGCUGAGAAAAGGAAUGAUAAAAUAUCCAAAGGGGACAUCUCGAAGAUGGGAAGUUGUUUCAGAGUACAUCGGUACAGGAAGAUCCGUCGAGGAGAUUCUGAAAGCAACUAAAACAGUUCUUCUACAAAAACCAGAUUCCGCUAAAGCAUUCGAUUCAUUCCUCGAGAAGAGGAAACCCUCUGCUUCAAUAUCGUCCCCUCUCUCCACAAGAGAGGAGCUCGGAGAAUCUCUACCUACGAUGACCACAACAAAGGCAAGCCCUUCUAAAGAGACUGUUGUGGGGAAAAGCUCGAGCAGUCAAGUCUCAGAUACCAAUGGUGAGGCAGGUGGAAGUUCAGACGCAGAUGGUUGGUCAACUGUGCAAGAAAGAGCUUUGGUUCAAGCUUUAAAGACAUUCCCAAAAGAGACAAGCCAAAGAUGGGAGAGAGUAGCUGCAGCCGUUCCUGGGAAAACGAUGAUUCAAUGCAAGAAGAAGUUUGCAGAGCUUAAGGAAAUCAUUAGAAACAAGAAAACCGGAGUGUAAGUGCAAAAUCUUUUCGGUGUCCCAUGAGAAUUUUGGGUUUUAAUCCUCUUUGGGGCAACGUUAUUUUGCAAGAAGCAAGACCUAAAACUUUUUAUUAUUUGUAAUGAUUCAUUUCCCUUUGAUGUCGCUAUAUAUUGAGAAUGCUUGAGCCACUACUAUCUUAUAUAUAUUUUUGACAUAAUUUUAUGUAA